AUGUCUUUGAAACCGGGGGUGAACCCCUACACAGUGCUGGGCCUGGAGAAAGGCUGCACCGAAAGGGAUAUUCAGAAGGCCUACCGGCUCCAAUGCCUCAAAUGGCAUCCCGACAAGAAUUUGGAUAAUAAGGAGGAAGGUGAGGAUGGAAAAAAACCGUGGGAAAAUAUCUCGAAAACGGAUUUUUAAAUUUAACAUUGAAAAUGAUUUUCGAAAGUUUCGGAUUUAAGCUGAGAAUUUCUGAUUUUUCUGAUUUUCCUUAAAUUUCGAAGAAGGUUUUCUUUCAAAAUUGUGAAAAAUCUGUUUUUCUUAUGCAAUAAAAUGGUAUAGUUGUAGUCGUCAAUCAAGCUCCGCCCCUAAUGACGUGAUAAACCAAUCCGAAGGCGAAUGACGUCAUUAUACUUGAAAUUUAUAAUCUCAAUGGAAUAGGGACCAUUUUUCCAAGCUUUAGUGGCCCCUAUUGGGGUUGAAAAAGUGGUUCCUAGAGGGGACCUUAAUUGCCCCUAUAGAGACCACUCUGGAGUUCCAAAGAUAAUCCGCCCGUCGCGACUUGACAGUUCUAGCGUGUCUGCGUCUCUCUGUUCCCUCACCGGCGAGGUCAGAGUAACAUGGAAAUAGCACGUAAACAUGAGAGAGACAAGAAGCUCUUUCAAAUCGCGAAAAACGGACUUUUUUCCGAGAAGAAUGAAAUUUUUGCAGCCGAGAAACGAUUCAUAGCAGCCAAGGAAGCUUUCGCAUUCCUGUUCGAUAAAACCAAAAGAGUGGGUUAACAAGAAUUUCAAUAGAUCAAUAGAAGUCCAGGAGGAAUAUGACCGAGGAGAAGAAAGAGUUCGAGUCGCCGAAGAGAAACACAAGGCCCGCAUGGAGAAGGCCGACGGAGCCAGGAGAAAGUUGGCCUUUUUUUGAAGUCUGAACAUUUUCAUGGAGUUCAGGUUCAUCGAUGAGCUGAACCAACGAGAAAAAGCCUUCAAUGACAGAUCGAAAGUUGGGGAGCCGAUUUUGACGCCCGCCCAGGAGGCGCGCAAGAAAAAGGCUGAGGUAUUAACUUGGUCGCAUAGGGAAUGGCUCAAGGCGUUAGGAUUGGGAGGACGCUUCGCAGCCCUAAUGCGUCAAUUAACUAUUAUUUGGCAAAUUUCAAGUAAAUUAGAAGGGUCUACUUUUUUUGGAGUUUUAAUUUUUUACCUCGAAGUUCUGUAUAGAAACGGGAACAUAAGGAAAACUACCGUAACCGUAGCUUUUUGUGCUCUUUCGCUUCGAUACCUCAAAAAUAUGCUCCUUUAAAAACCAGCGAGGAAUGAUCUACAUGUACUUGGUCGCACGUAUAAUCGCACGUCAAGUCGUUUUCGGUCGGUCGCAACUGUUUGCAUCUUUCCAGUGUUGAACCAUUCCCCGUGCGAUCAUGUUAUUGAAAAUCGUAGAGAAGUUUGGAAAAUUGAGAAAAAUAAGGAAAACUACCGUAACCAUAGCUUUUUCUGCGCUUUCGCUUCGAAACCUGUAAAAUAAAGGUGUAUGCUCCUUUAAAAACCAGCGAGGAAUGAUCCAAAUGUACUUGGUCGCACGUAUGAUGGCUCGCCUCAAGUCGUUUCGGGUCCGUCGCAACUGACGUCUGCGCUCUCUUUUCCCGCACCUUUUUUUUCCACACAGGACAUAGAAACUUGAAAAUCAUUUUUUGCCUGUUUUCAACGUCGCGGGGUUACGAAUGAAUCAAAGAAAAAAACCAUUCAAAAUUUCAAGAUUUCACCAUUCCCCGUCUCAGGAGCUCCGAAUGCGGUCUGAAAUGGAGGAUAUCCGAAAGCAACUGGAACGGGAGGCGAACGAAGAGGUCAUGAGGCAAAUGGAGCGAGUUCGACAGGCUCAUGCUCAACAUGCCGCUGCUGUUGGUAGGCAAAGUUUUUUUCUUCCUGGAAAGUGUUUAAUAAAUGUUCAAAAAUGAAAAUUGUUAUAUGCUAUAUUUCUUCUCUUCUUUUACCGCCCGAGCGGUUUCGGCACCCCAAGUCUGAGGUUCCAUUACCAGAGUUUCCUUAAACCCCUUGGUUGAGCCGCGGCGGGGGUCGAACUUUUGACUCUGUUGACCGUAGACAGGCACACGACCUGGGACGCUACGGCGCGAGUUUUAUACUUUAUUCAUGCAUACUACUUCCAGCAAACAUCACACCGAAGCUCAUGGUUAAAUGGAAAGCAACCGCCGACGAGGAUUAUGACGAAGCAGCUUUGAGAAUCAUUUUCGAACCGGUCAGUUCUGAGCGAGUUUGGUUGAAAGGAAAAAAAAUUCGAAAAAUUUUGUUGACAGGCUCUCGGAAAAUAAGAAAUGUUUUUGAUAACAAAUGGUUAUACAUACCAAGAAAGAAAAAACUUCAGGGUAGUUUUUUUAAUUGGCUUCAAGAGGGCUAACAAGUUUCAUUAAGUUUUGCUUUUGUUCAAAAGAAGAAGGUUUCGAAAUUUAGAUUUUGAAUGUAACUAUGAGGUUUGAAAUCAAUACGAAUGGGAAUUGAAAAAAAUAAAUUUUAGAACUUUGGAAGCGAACUUUAGCUUCUAGUUUGGUACUGAGAGUUGAUGAAUCAUUAAAAAUAACUUUAUUUCCUUUUCCAGUACGGCAAAAUCACAACGGUUUCAUCGAUAAUCAUCAAAAAAAGACCGCCGGAAAUGUUUGAUCGAAUUCGCAACGGGAGAAAAAAUUCGUGGGGAGCCGAAACCGAGACCGGAUUGAGGCCAGGACCCGAAAUAUCAGGUAAUUUUGACGGGGAAUCUUUUAAAUUACACUUUUCACCCGAAAAAAUCUUUGGAAAACAAGAAAAUGGCUAUUUCGAAUGAAAUUUUCAAUUUUCAGCCGAGUGGCUGACGCCGCCAGAGGAUAGGAGGAAAGAUGAAGGCGUCAAACGAAAAUCUGAACCGACUAAACCUAAAAAUGGUUUUUUAUACUCAUUUAUCGACGAUAAUUAUCAUUUUUACCUUCAGAUUAUCAAGCGAUGUCGCUUGAAGACCUCGAAGCACAAAUUCUUGGCGAUUUACCACAACCGGCAGAGAAAAAGACCAAAAAAUGGUUCGAAGAGGAAUAAUUGCUUAUUUUUCAUGUUAAAUGAACACUCUGUUUUUUCUUGUUAUGUUUCAGCUUCUACACGGGUUAUUUUAUUAUUUUAACAUGAAAAUAAACUUUUUCCUUUUUUGUUUUUUUUCAUCAGUACAUUUUGUGAAAAUGUCUCUUUGCAAAGUUUUUACAUGCCUUUGAGACAAAAAUGCUCUUCAUGCAUUGGAAAGGGUCUUCAAAUAAAUGAAAGAAGAAGAAACAAAACCGCGAAAAGUUAAUUGUCCUCCAUAUUGCAACUAGCGCACAGAGUUAGCCACGCCCAUUUACGCAUGCCGCAGAUUUUGUCUUUUUUUGAUUUACGACAAUUUUUUACUGUUUUUCCGCCUUUUUCGAGCUAUUUGUGACUUCAACCUUCAAAUAGAAUUCCUUACAAGUGCUUGAUGAGAUCUUUAGGCUUAUGGACUAUUUUUUCAUGUUUCGAACCCUAGUUUCCAUUUCAAAAUUGAAGUUUUAUCAAAGUUUUCCUAAUCGUGAUUCGGAAUUUUGCGUCUUUUCAUUUUUCUCAGCGGUUUUACAGACGACGAGAGACUUUGAAGCACUGGUUUGACCACUUGAGGUCCGUCGUCGAAAAAAAGAGAAUAAUGGAGGAUAUUACGGAGGAGUUUUUCGAAGCGUGCAGCAGUGAGUUGUUUCAAUUUCUUUGGUUUAAUUUUAAUUUCUGUUGCUUGUUGAAGAGUUGGAGCUGGGCCAGAUGGUGUCAGUCGAAGAUUUUCAACUGGGGGAGGCCAUGUCGGCCGUCGAGUUGAUGGACGUCAAGAUGGACGUUGGAAUGGUCCGAUUCCGGCCGACGGGGCUCAAAAUUUGCAUAGAUCAGGUUUUUUCGGAAUAAUGGAAGGAAAAUCGAUGAUUUUUCAAGGGUUUGUACGAAACUUCGCCUCAGGAGCAGUUGACCACGAUCGACGCCACUUUGUGUUUAUUCGUGUCUUGGCUUGAAGGCGGCUCUUUGGCUCAAACGGUUCAUUUCGGCUUCAUUUUUGUUGAUGCAAUGAAAAAAAUAUGAAAAGAAAGCUAAGGGCCCUAAUUUAUGGUUCACUUUCUCUUCUAUUACAUUAAUCUUCUCCUAAUUUGCCUUUAAUUCCAAAUUUUCAGUUUUUUUUUCAAAAUAACUAAUUCAAGAUUGAACAUUUUUUAAUAGAAUAAAGGUCAGUAGAGGAAAGAUAUUCAUUCGAUUUUAUUCCGCUCUUCGAUUCUCAUGCUUUAUUUGAUCAUUUUUCCGAAUUUUGUUCGAUAGAUAUUCAAAUGAAGAUUAGGUUUUCUUUCGUUAUGGAAUUUUCUUUUUUUUCAGUUUCCUCAGAUUUAAAGCUUGCUCUAUUCUUAAAAAUAAUCUGUUGAGAUUGAGAAUUUCGUUUAAAAAUGUCAAAAAUUUGCGCUGAAGGUCUCUUUUAGAAACUGUUCAGGGGAAACUUUUUUGGAAGUAUUUUUUUUCUUAAUCGCUUCACAAAAACAAUUUUCUUGUGCUGACUAUUUGAGCCUUCAAGUCGCAAACUGUGAAAUUUAACAAAAGUGAAGGCCCUGAUCAUUUUUAUAGGACAUAACUUGCAUCAUAUUUAUCUUGAAAUUUGAAUAGUCUUCUUUUUCAGCUGUGGACAAACGUUCUGCUGCCAAACGUGAACGAAGUGAAUCAUCCAGUUUUCGGUCCAUUGGCCCAUGCAUUCACUUUUUUGAUUCAAAUAAUACGAUCCAUUAUUCAAAACGCGUGUUGUCAUGAAGAGGUAUACAUUAUUGUUUUUGCGUGAUUAAGAUUUGUAGGGGGUUCAUUUUUUAAAUCCAUAAAAACUGAAUGCUAUGAUGAAUCUCUGUAUUGAAGUUAGAUUUUUAUGCAAUUAUAUGAUGAUCCUCUGUAUGGAAGUUCAGCUUCUUCUUUCCGAAACAUUUUAUUUAGUGGAAUAUUUUUCCAGGAAGACUUCAACACGCACCUUCCGUACGUUAGCGGUCCUCAGUGCACGAAGGAAACGACUAUGCCAUUGCUCAAAAGCAUGAUUCGUCAACUGGGAUUCACGGUUGGUCAUGGAAAACUAGAAAGAGAUGGUAUAAAAGGACAAGUCCCCUUCAUUUUCGAAUUUUCUUGCAUAGAAAAGGCUUGAAGAGAAUUUUAUUAUCUUUAUUUUUCUGUCGUCUCUUCUGUUGUAGUUGUUCUUUUUCGAAAGAGAGUCGCAGGAGCGAGAGAUCAACAGAUCCUUGAAGAGACGACAGAGAAGUCAUUUCACUCUCGUUGUUUGGAGUCUCUUAGGGUUUAGUUUUUCUUUUUCGAAUGAGAGUCGCAGAAGCGAGAGAUUACACAGGCUUGAAGAGACGCCAGAGAAGUCGUUUCACUCUCGUUCUCUGGAAUCUCUUCGGGUUUAGUUGUUCUUUUUCGAAAGAGAGUCGCAGGAGCGAGAGAUCAACUGAUCCUUGAAGAGACGACAGAGAAGUCAUUUCACUCUCGUUGUUUGGAGUCUCUUAGGGUUUAGUUUUUCUUUUUCGAAAGAGAGUCGAUGAAGCGAGAGAUCACACAGGCUUGAAGAGACGCGAGACAAAAAUGAUGAUCUUCAUUUCUCUGUCGUCUCUUCUGUUGUAGUUGUUCUUUUUCGAAUGAGAGUCGCAGAAGCGAGAGAUUACACAGGCUUGAAGAGACGCCAGAGAAGUCGUUUCACUCUCGUUCUCUGGAAUCUCUUCGGGUUUAGUUGUUCUUUUUCGAAAGAGAGUCGCAGGAGCGAGAGAUCAACUGAUCCUUGAAGAGACGCCAGAGAAGUCAUUUCACUCUCGUUCUCUGGAGUCUCUUCGGGUUUAGUUGUUCUUUUUCAAAAAAGAGUCACACGAGCGAGAGAUUAACUUAUCCUUGAAGAGACGCCAGAGAAGUCAUUUCACUCUCGUUCUCUGAAGUCUCUUGGGGCGUAGCUGUUCUCUCACCUUGUUUUUUUCCGCUAUUCAACGGCGCUAAUCAAAAGAUGGUCCUUGAUACGAUAAAAUAGCAUUAGAUUGGUGGAGACGCAGGUAAUUCCUGUUCUUCCUCGUGUUAUAAGCUGAAGCAAGCUAUAAACACUUCGCCAUAACUUGAAAAAGUCAAAUUUCUCGUGGGCCAUUUUCAUGCUCCUCUUGCCCUGUCGAUAAGAAAAAAGAGCGCAGACUUCUUAAAAUGUUCAUAUAAAUAAUUUCUUUCCAGCAAAAAAUGGGCCCCGAGCAGCCGGUGAUCCUCGCUCUCGGAACUCGGUUAGAGCUCCUCUACCUGCUCAUCGAGGCUUUAUUGUGUCUGGCGCCUCCGCCGAACGAUCCCCCUUCCUCGCCGAGCGAAAGGGAGGAUGAGCUGGACGACGAGGAGGACGAAGAAGAGGAGGAGGAACAGGAGGAACAAGCACCGCCUCCUUUCAGGUGCCUGAGAAUGCUUUUUGAACACAAUAGAGUCUAGGGGUUUGAGUUUGUGCGCUCCAUUGAUAAUUAAACAAGAAACGGUUGAUUGAAGUUCUUCUAAUGAGAAGAAACAAGAACGUCCUCAUUUUCGGUGUCUUGGAGCUUUUUCAAAAAAAAUAGUGUCUAGUGGUUUGAUUUUAUGCGCUCCAUUGAUGAUUAAACAAAGAAUAGUUGGAUCAUUCUUAUAGAGGUGGAGCAAGAAACUUUUAAUUUUUAAGCGCGUAAGAAAGCUUUUUGAAAAAUUAGAGUGAAGAAUUUUUGAAUUUAUGUGCUCCACUGAUAAUUAAACAUAGAUAUGGAUUAGUUCAUAGAUGUUAUUUUUAUGGAGCUGGAGCAAGAACCUCCUCAUUUUUAACGCCUUAGAAGCUAUUUUUUUCAAGAAAAAUAAAGUCUACAGUUCAAAUUUAUGCGCUCUAUUGAUAAUUUGCUCUAAAUUGUAGCUCUGAAUUGUUUUUUUGUGUACAGAUUUUUUUGAAUUAAAAAGGUUGAAAAAAAUGAGUAGAUGUAUUUUUCUUACAACGGACUUUUUGUCGAAAAAAAGGUCCUGUUGAUCGGAAGAUUUUAUCAUUUUUGAAAGUAGUAGUAGUAUUUGUACUAGUAGUAGUUUGAAAGAAGUUUCAGUAAUUCAAAAAAAAAAAGCUUUUCCUAUACAACCAAGCUUUUUUAACAAGAGUAAAAAUGUCUUUCUUUCGAUCCAGAACCGGCGAAUUUUUUAAUCUCCAGCUAAAUUAGUAUGAUCAAGUUUGUAGGCGACUGUUUCAACAAGGCUGAAUAAUUUGCAAACUGUUCUUGAACGAGAACUUGAGCUUAUAACUAUAAGAUUUCAUCGAAACGGCUCAGUUUUUUUUGAGGUAGCUAUUGAAAUAAUUAAUAAAUUUAUGAUGGAUCGAGUUUUUUCGUCGUCAAAUAACACGUUUGAAAUGUUUCAAAGCGGCUACAAACAUUUUCGGACCUUGGUAACGCGAACCGGACAUGUCGGGCAUUUCUAGUGGCCACUUUAGUAGCCUCAACACUCUUAAGUGAUCCCUAGAACCGCCCAGAAACGUCCGUUUCGCGUUUCCAAAGUCCGAGUUCUUGAAGCCAUUCUGAAAAAAGUUACACUGCCUAUAAUUUUUUUGAGAAGGGUUAUGAUGUAGUUUUAUAAUGGAUGAAAAUAUCUGAAACUAUUUUUCAUUUUGUCUAGUAUUAUCGGUUUUUUUAUCCGUGGAGCGAAUAAGAUCAACAGCUUUAGAGCCAGUGCUAAGUCGGCUAUUCUAUGUACAAUGUUGCGACGCGGUCGCGAAGCGGUCAAAAAUUUCCGCCUUUUCAACUUUGUCGUCUCGAAAUGUGCAAAUCGGGUAGUGAGUGCUUGAAAAUGUAUUAUUUACAAAAAUUAUGUGAUAUUAAUUUUUUUAAUAAGAGAAAAAAGCCCCCCUCCCCUACUCCCGGGCUCUACUAUGAGCGUAUUUUCCUCCUUCUGUUUCUCAUACUCCUUGUUUAGGCCGAACUUCCCCGGAGCUCUUGAUGCGGCCAAGAAAAUGGUCGCAGUUUCCCACGCGGUCGUAGAAACUUCCCGUUUCGGCCUUCCUUCCCCAGAUUUAGGAGACGAUGGUUCGAAAAUCCUAGAAAAAAAAGAGCAAAAACAAAACUAAGGAGACUUUUCUUGGCUAGUCGCCAUAGAGCCGGAACUGAAUCGACGGUUUAUGCCGUCGACUUUUCCGAGAAAAACGGACAUUCCCGACCGGCGGAAGGCGCUCCGGUACAUUGUCAAGCUGGCUCAGAGGUGCUGGAAAAAAAGGAAGAAAAAAUAAUUUUUUGGUCAGAAUCCUGACGAUCGCCAGAGAUGGCCCGGAGAGUGCGAUGGAUCUGACGUCCUUGUUUUAUUUCGCCCGAAAUUUCAACCACAGUGGCAGCUGCGUGCUCACGCGGGCUUUGUUGCAGGUGAUUCAAGGAAAAAGAAAGAAUAAGGUUUUUUUUCUGACCAAGUUUUCCAAAUAUACCACAACUUGGAAUUUCACCAAACGACAUUCCGCUGCGCGCCUUUGCGAACCUCGGUCGCGCUCUAAAUUUUUUUUCCUUCAUUAAGGCACUCUACUUUCAUGUGCUCCCAUACCUAUAUUCGAAAAACGCUUCGCGAACGCACGCAGCGGAACAGCGGAAUGUCGUUCCGUGAAAUUUCAAGUCGUGGCACACAAACUGUAAUAGACUUGAAAGAUAGUGUUCUCGUAGCAAUACGAAGCUUCCGUUAAAAUAGACAAAAUCGGAGAGUCCGGAAAAAGGCCCCAUAGAAAGGUUCCCUUAGGGUGAUAAAGGCUCCUUUUUUGCUGCCUUUUUGCGCCAUUUUAUGAGCUGUUAUGCACCAUUUUUGUUGCCCUUUUCCACCAUUUCUUGAGAAUCCCAGAAAAAUGGAAGGCUCGAUAAAGGGACACUUUUUGCUGUCUUUCUGCGGCCUGUUUUGAGCCAUUAUCCACCCUUUCCGACUUUACACGAGGAGAUUAGGGGCUAAAUAUUGAAUAUUAAAAAAAGGAAUAGAAAAAGUUGAAUGACUUUAGAUUUUUAGUGGAGCAAGGUCUGAAAAAAAGCAAGUUUUUUUACUGGAAAGUGUGAGAUAAAUUUCGGAUUUUUUUGUGUAUAUUUUUUUUUCUAAAAAGUCAGUGUGUAGAUAUAAUUCUAAAUUUUAAAAAAAUACGAGAAAAAAAUUCAGAAUUGUGGGCUUGAUAGUAAUAGAAAAAGAUAAUUUUAAAGAAAAACUUAAGGCAAAUCUCAAAUUAAAGAAAGCCCUUGACUUUAAGGUCAUUUUUUAAGUUUAAAAAUUGAAAAUUUGGCUGUGGUUGUCCUAAAUUUUUUUUUAAGAGACCAAAAGAUUCAGAAUUGUGGGCUUGACAAUCCUAGAUUCUCAAAAAGCCUUGAUCAAAAUUAUUCAAAGGAUUGAGCUAUCAUUUUUCGUCUUUUCCUUAGUCCCUUUAAGGUAUGUAGAGAAAUUUUGACGAGUUUUCAUUUUUUAGCAGGUUUAAGAUCUACUUGAGAUGGUAUUUAUUGAUAUUUUGGAAUUUUUACAACCAUAAAGAAGUCACUAAAACCCUUGUCGGUCCAAAAACACAAGGGUUCCAUUCUAGUUGGCGAUAUUCCCGCAAGACGAGCACGUCUUUGGCGAUCCGAACAUCACGAUUGCCGAUUGCAUCGAAUCGACUAUCAAGGACAAAUACGCCCCCCUGAUUUUACUCAAAGGGUCGGGUUUUCCAACUCUUUUCCGUGAAUAAAUGGAGGAUCUACUGCAGAAAUCCCGUCUACGACGACCGAGUCUGCCAGGAUCUGUACAAUGUUUUCCUGGGCGCCUUCGCCAAAGUCGCCCUCCUCGUUUAUCAGGUCUUCGGUGAGGAGUUUUUCAAUUUUUUCCAGAUUUUUUUCAAAGAAGUGAAAUUUUUGUUUGUUUUUUCAUGUAUUUUUUGUUCAUUGUUGAUCUGGUGAGAUUUUUUCGACGCUGACAAGUUCACUUUCUUCAUUUUCAAGAGAGUUAUUCUGUUUUACGCUUCUUAUUCUUGAUCCGGGAUAUGAGGUGUAAAGCAAAGUUCACAUUUCUCUCUUUACGUUGAAAGUUUUUCCAACUCCUUCAGGGUUUUUUUUUAUUAAUUUAUUUGUCCUCCCAAUUUUUUUCAUAUUUCUAGGCUGUAACAUGGCCCGACAACGGGAGCGUUUGGUACCCUUGAUCGAAGAUUUGGGCAAUUUACAAAUGGAGGCCAGCCGAAUCGAAGCUCGUACUGAUGAAAUCGUCAGGGGCACGAAGGAUUGUAGUGAGUUUCGGGGGAGAUUUUCAUGUUUAGUUGAAGAAAUUUAAAGAAAUAUGGCAUUUUCUAGGUGUUUUUGAAGUUUUUUUCAAGUGUUGGAACUUUUUUCGUCGAGAAAUGUGUCUGUAUGUCACGUUUCUUUGAUUGAAGUUAGAUUUAAAUCUCAAGCUCCGCCCCUAAAGGCGCGCUGAACCAAUAAGAAAGCGAGCCAACCACAGAGCUUUUUAGAAUGACGUCAUUGUGCUUUAAAUUCAAAAUUCUAAAAGACUAUGAAUCGGAUGAAACUUUAUCACAUGGAAACAGCCUUUUUAUAUUUUCUUUCUAAAGAUUUAGUUUAGAGCUCAAAAGAAAAGUCGGAAAGAGUCGAAAAAAAAUUCCAUAUGAAUGUUCCUUUUAGCCUUUUUGCGCCAUUUCAUCGGCUAUUUUGUACCAUUUUUGCAGCCUUUUCCUUUCUCCACAAUUUAUUGAGCCUUCAAAAUCCCAGGAAAAAUGGAAGGUUCGGUGAAGGAACUCUUUUUACUGUCUUUCUGCGGCCUUUUUUGAGCCUUUUUGCUGCCUUUUUGCGGCCUUUCUUUGAGCCUCUCCCUUUUAGCGACCAUUAUCCACCCUUUCCGACUAUUGCCCGAGCUUGGGUGAAGUUAAAAACUCGAUUUAAUUGUUUAAAAUUGGGAAGCUUCAUUUUAUGACGUCAAAUGACAGUGACCAUACAAUAUUAUUGAUCUUUUUGCACUAGAAUUCUUCUUUUUUUAGAGUUUUUUUCCUUCCUCCAGAACUGAUCCCGCACCCCUCGAUGGCCACUUUCGUCUUCAACAAUUUGCUGGCCCUCAUCACGUAUCACUUCGAAUUGUCUUUCCGUCUCGAUCUCUUCGUUCCCUACGAGUUUUGCUACAUUUACUGGUGGGUUCUAUCAGAUUUUUUUGUCUUUCCGUUGGAAAAACUGCGUUUUCACUUAUUUUUGAGCGUUUUUUUUGAAGUUGGCUGAGAAAAAACUUGAUAUUUCCUUUCUAGGUAUUAUGGAGAUGUUCUUACGCGAUGGCAAAUCACGACAAUGGAACGAUCGCAGGAAAUGAUGCUUCAGGGAUGGGGAUUACGUGAGUUUUUUUCUUUAUUUUUUGAAGAUUCGAAUUUUUGAAGUUGAACUUGAAUCUCUACUGUAGAAAAAAAAACGAAUUCUGAUAAUUUUUUUGAACAAAUUCAUCCUUUUUUUGAGGCGCUUUUCUCAGAGUUCUACACUGCUCCACAUAAUUAUAUAUCCACCUGAGAUUUUUUUCGAAAAAAAUCGAAUAUUUUGAGAGUUUCUGAAAAAUCUUUUUUUGUUGUCAAAAAGAUGGGAAUUUUGAUCAGAUCAAUAUAGCUAUCAACAAAGUUCCUAUUGAAAAAAAUAAAUGUUUUUAAAAAAAUUUUAAUUUUUUUCAAAAAACCGAAUUUUUCCGUUCCACAUAAUUAUAUAUCCACCUAAGACUUUAAAACUUUUUUUGAACCAUUUUUUUCCGGUUUUUUUGUAUCAGUUAUCAUUUUCUCAUCAUUUUUGUUUAAAAAAAUAAAAAAAGAAUAAGAGCAGAAAGGUUUUCCAAGAAGUUGAGGAACCUUGGAUUUGAUCAGAAAACGGUCGCGGUGCUGUUUUGUACUCCAGCUCAACAGUCAUCGAUGUGAGGGUUGAAUUUUCAUAAUCAGGGUAAACUCAGAAGUUUCGAAAAAGUUUAUCACAAAAAAUAUUCUUGAAUGGGCGUCAAAUUUUGAAAAAAAAUUUCAAAAACCGCGAGCGCCUUUGAGAAAGUUAUCAGUUUUUUCAACUUGAACUCGCUUUUCUCAGUCAUUGAGCGGAGAAAUUCUUCAUCUACAAUGCAACAAGGCUGAGGAGGAAAUCAGUAAUAGUUUAACUUAGGAAAAUCUGACAAAACAAAUCUCAAAGCUGAAAAAACUUCAGAGAAACAAGAGUCAAAAAAGGAUAUUUCGUGAUUUCGAUUUUGUUGACUUUCUGUUUAAUUUUCUUCGCUGAAUAAGGAUAAUCAUGGCUUAUUCAAUGUUUUUAAAAACAAAAAAAUGUAACUGUAAUCUUUAAUCUUGAGAAGAAAAACAGUAAUUUAAAAAUUCGAAGAAAAAUUCAGAUUCCUAUUAAUUUGACUUGAAAUUUCCUUAGUUAUUUACCGAUUUCGCUCAUUCUUCUUUUUCUAGAAGCAGGUUUUUUUGAUGAGACCAACUAUUCUUGAAGUAAAAAAACGAUUUUUAUCUCAGAAAAAGUUUACAGAAAUGGUCCGAAGACAUUUUUAAGCUUUCUAUUUUUGGCAAAAACCGCAAAAAAAUUAUAAAUGUUAUUGGAAAAACUCCCUCUUUUCAAUGCAAAAAAAUAUUUUUAAGUUUUUUUGAACUUAAAUUGUUGCUCACAAGUACAAAAGGUACUUGUGAAAUCAAAAUAUUCACAUCAUAAUCGAUUCAAGAGUAGCUGAUGUAAUGAAGAGCAUCGCGACCGUUUUCUGAUUAAAUCCGAGGUUCCUCAACUUCUUGGAAAACCUUUUUGCUCUUAUUCUUCUUAUUUUUAAACAAAAAUGAUGAGAAAAUGAUAACUGAUACAAAAAACCGGAAAAAAUGGUUCAAAAAGUUUAAAGUCUUAGGUGGAUAUAUAAUUAUGUGGAACGGAAAACUCGGUUUUUUUGAAAAAUUAAAAUUUUUAAGAGCAUUUAUUUUUCAAUAGGAACUUUGUUGAUAGCUAUAUUGAUCUGAUCAAAAUUCCCAUCUUUUGACAACAAAAAGAUUUUCAGAAACUCUCAAAAUAUUCGAUUUUUCGAAAAAUCUCAGGUGGAUAUAUAAUUAUGUGGAGCAGUGUAGUUUAUUUUUCACUUUACCUAGGGGUUAUUCAAUUUUGACGGCCUUCAGAUCAUAGACAGGGAUAGUUUCAGUGGGAAGGAGAGACUUGACAAAAACGAGUAAAUGGGGGGUGUUAGCAAAAACCGUAAAAAAAUUAUUUUCAGAAGCAAUUUUUUUCCUAGUUAAUAAUUAUCGGAUAAAAAGAAUUUUUCACAUCUUCCGGCGUCAACCUGUAAUUCAAAAAAAUCAACAAAAAAAUUUUUUUUCGGGGGUUUGGCAUUAGGUUCCGAGGGGGAGGCUUGGCAUUUGGCUAAGAAGGGGGGACUUGUCUGUCGCCUGUCAUGCUCAUCCCAUGUAUGCUUCAGAUUCUCUGGUCACGAAUAUUUUUUUUUCCUUUUCAAGCCAUUUUUCUAAGAAAUUUCACUUUCCCAUCCAUUUUUCCAUUGAAUUAUUCAAUUUUAAUAAUCUUCAGCCCCACUGGCCAUGAAUAUUCUCUCCUUUUUCAAGCCCUUCCCUUCAUUUUUGUUCUGCCUGUCAGGAUUAUUCAAUUUCCGAUAAUCUUCAGAUCCUCUGGCUAUGAACAACAGCCACAGAAAGCGACUCGACCGGAAAAAGGCCGAAGAAAUGCUGAUGAGAAAGUUUGUUUCUCAUUGGAAUCUAGUUAAUUUUAUUCUCUCAGGUUGAAUUUGAACCAAACCCAAAUAAUCCUGCAUUACGGUUUGUCCAGUUUGGCAGAUGGCAUCGUGAAAACGACGGUGGCGCUGGUGAAAAUGGACAAAAUAAAGGUGAAUUUCGAGUUUAAAUAGUCAAAAUUGCUUUCUGGACUCUUGAAGGUUCAAGCCGGAAUCCUUAUUUGGGUCCUGAAGCGAAAAAGUUUAGAGUAGACUCUAGUCAGAAAAAAACCCAGUUCAAGUUCUAAAUUUACAAAUAUCGACAGUAGAAAACUCGAAAUGCUUUCUGAAAUUUUCCAAUUAAAAAAAGAAAUCAUCUAGGUUCCCAUGUGGUUCAAAGAAACGGAACAACUGCGAUUUGAAAACCGAAUCGCCGCCUUUACGCCCCUGGGACCCCCGCUUUCCGUCAGCUACCAACAAUUCAAAGAUGUUUCCAAGUUUGAAAUGAUCCCGGAAAAUCCUACUUCCAUUCUUCAACGUUUAGAAUCGAUGAACUCCUCUACCAAGACCAUAAGAAGACGAUGCAAAUGGCGAUCGAGGUUUUCGACACGGCGAGGAAAAAUCUCGAGCGGGUUCAUGAGAAAUCGACACUGAAAGUGGAGAGCGCGUGAGUUUUUGUGUAGAAAACUCGUUAUUCCUGUGAAAAUUUGACUGGAAAUAUUAUAAUUCUCUUGAAAAUCAAGCAUUGAAUGCUCCAAAAUAACCUGAAAAAUGGAUUUUGUGAUGGGAAGCAUUGAUAAAGAAUUGAUUUGAAUGAUAAAUGAAGAAAAAAAUAUGGAAAACAUCGAAAAAAAAAACGAAAAAGAAAUGAUGACAAAACGACACUCCACUUGACGAUCUCGCGUUGGGGGCGAGUUUUUCUCUUGGCUCUGUAGAUUUACGCAUUUUUCGAAUUUUAAUUUUUCUUUUGACUUGCUUUCUUAUUCUUUUUUUGAACUAUUUUUGGUUUUUAAGUCAGCAGAAAGUAAAUUUUCAUUUCAGAAACUUUUUUUCAUUAAUGAAAAAAAUUAUUUAUGUUUUGGUGUUUUAGUUUCAAAUGAUCGAUAAAAAUCACGUUCUGUUAACCUCAUUUUGACGUCUGUUUGAAAUAUCUAUUUAUUGCGCGGAAUAAGAUGCCUUUACUAUUGCCGUGUUCAAAGUAAUUUCGCGAAAUGCAAAAUAGCCGUCAGAGAAAUGAAAAAUAUAACUAAAUUUUUGGAGAGUCAUAGAUCAUUUUGCAUUUCGCGAAAUUACUUUGAAUACGGCAUAUAAAUUUCUGACGGUAGUGAUCGAAUUUCUGAGAAUAAAUUUGAAAGAAAAAUAAAUUUUCUCCUUUUCAGGCCGUUCCUGAAAGUUGCCAAAUUGAACCUGGUUGCGGCGCGGCUUCUCUUGCAAGAUAAAAUGUGGGAGCGAAAAAUCGGAUGGAUUUUCAACGACGAUUGCCCGACUUAUCCACAGCUCAAAAUUUACUCUAAAUGAUUCUUGUAAUGAUUUGGAAAGGGAUUAUCAAUUUACCAAUCUUUUCGAAGGAAAAAUUUUCUCCUUUUUUUCCUUAAGGCGAAUCGAUCAUUUUGUGAUCCUCAUAAUUCUCUAUUCGUAUCAAUUUGAUUGAUUAUUUUCCUUGUUAGUUAAUUUUAAUUUUACCGCUCGAUAUUUUUUGCUCAUUUUUCUUUUCAAUGGGUUAGAAGAAAUGUUUAGCUUUUGCUUUUUGUUUGUUUUGAAAUAAUUUUUUUUAACAUGGUUCUCUCCAAAAAUUUUGUUACUACGAUCUCUAAAAUUUUAUUUUAUUUCCGUCUCACUAAGCGACUUUCAUGACUUUCUAACCGAAGGAUCGACUUCCCAGUUAUGAUAUUGUUAUUUCUGAUUAUUUUUAUUCUAGUUUCCUAUUUAUAUAUAUGGUCACCGGUAUGAUGUUAUGUGUAUUUUGAAUUUGAAACCGAGUGCGUUUUUUUAGGGUUUACUUCUUGUGUGAGUUUUUGUCGAAGAAAAAGAAAGCCAUUAAUACUACUUCGGUUCCCGGUUAUCUCAUAUCCCAUUGCCCAGUGCUUUGUUGAGUUUUUCCUUUUUUAUCGGUCAUUGUUGACGUUUCGAAUGAAUCGUGUUUGAUUUUUAUACCAUUUUCUGGGGUUUUUCAUUGGAGUUUCGAGGCGUUGAUUGACGCUAAAAAUAUUUUUUUUAGUUUUUGAAAAUGUAUCAUUUUUAAAAGUUGUAGGUAAGUCGCUCCAAAAUUUAAGAAAUUUUCUACGGGAACUUUCAAUUUUUUUAAUAACUUUGCUUUUUUUGAAUUUUUUUCAAUGUUCUUGUGACUUUAAGCUGGAUUCCGCGAUGUGGAAAAAAAUUAUUUUCAAUAUUUAGUUCGUUUUUGAAAAAUAUACUUGAUCUGGUUCCCAAAUUUCACUUCAUUGGGAGUUUUUUUAAUCUGUUUGUUCAAAUUUUUCGUUGUUUCAGUUUUUUUAUUCAAUAGUUAUCUUCAUUAUAAUUUCAGAUGCGGAGAGCCGUUCAGCUUUUUAAGAACCUCUGAACGGAGUUUGAACACGUCGGGCCGUGUUUUUUUGCGGCUUCCUCGACAAUUUUGCAGGUUAUUGGUUCAUUUUUUUCAAUGUUCCUUUAUGGAUUUUUUUGAUGAAUUUAAAGAAGAAAAAAACCGAUAUAGUUUCUGGCGAAAUAGUUCAAAAGGAUUUUUUUAUUCAAAAAAAUUCUUUUUUUCUGAUACCGAGACCUUUUUUUCAAGUAUGUUCAAGCAUCCUGGCUAUAUUUUCGAAUUUUUGAAGGUGAGGAAAUGUAUUCUUAAGUUUCUAAAUGUAUUCAACAACCUCAGAAUGACUAAAAUCUUUUUCCCAGGGAGACAUACGUUUUAAAGAGUUUUGAAAUAUGCGAUCAAACUCUUAGGAUGUUUAAUUGUUGAAAUCAUUGGUUUUUGAACCUUUUUGAUGGAUUUCAACGUUUUUGUACACGUUUUCUUUUGUAAAACAGUUUUAAAAUGCUUGAAAUUUUUGGGAGGGAAACAUACGUUUCAAUGAGAUUUUAAAAUUCUCCCUUCUUAUACGAAAUCAAUGUAUUGUUUUCAAUCUUUGUCAAAAUGGUUUUUCGAAAGAUUUUUGUUCGAAACUAUUGGUUUUUAUGUUCUAAAAUGGCUCGAUUUUUCUAUGCCGUGUUCAAAAGUAAUUUCCGCGAAAUGCAAAAUGGUCUCUGACCCUCCAAAAUUUAGUUAUCUUUCUCUUUCUCUGACGGCUAUUUUGAAUUUCGCGGAAUCACUUUGAACACGGCACUAAAUGUUUUUUUUCGCAGAAAGAGCCAUCUUCCUCCACAGCAACGUCUUCUGCCUCGACGUCGAUUCCCGACGUGAAGAUUCUGGAAAAAGCGGCGGUUCAGCCCAAAGUUCUGAUGCCUUUCGUCUCGGGCGUCCUCCAGAACGAAGAUUAUUUCCAUCUGGAGAAACUUGUCAACGUUGAGGACAUGUUCAAGGCUCGGCUACAUUAUGGGCAUAAGGUGAUUGAAAUUCUGAGAUUUGAAGACGCUAUUAAAAGACGUUUUUGUUGAACUUUGAGCUCGAUUUUUUUAAAAAAAGUUCAUAGUGAUUUCUGUUCUAUAUAUUUUUAACUACCUGUUUUUCAUCUUUAAAACGAUACAAAGGGUAUCAAGUUUCUUAUUAGAAAACCUCGAAAAAAAUCCUCUUUCCUUAUUGAAACUUGAUCAAAUAUAGUGAAAAAUAGGUUUUUUUAUUUUUUUCCAAUGUCCUUAGAAACGUUUAUUUUAGUAGCCUCUGAUUUUAGUCAAAAUUCAAAAAUAUAAAAAAAUAUUGAAAAACCCUGUCAUUUUCACUGUUAAAUUUUUUUAUCGACGACAGAUUUUUUUGUUUUUUUCUUUCGAAAAAAAUAGUUUAAUUGCGAUGUACUAUAUCAUUUUUUUGAGCAUUUGAAAUAUUUUCCCAUUUUUCAAAGAUUUUUGCAUCUUCCCAUUAUCAUUUUAUAUUGAAAUCGUGAAAAUUAGAUUGCAAAGGAAUCCAAAUUUCGCGAGUUUCUCAAGUGAUUGCUUAAAAGAUUUUAGCUCUUUUCAAAGCAUCCUAUUUUCUUAGAUCACUUGAAAAAUGGGUCAUAUUUUUGAUUUUAAAUAAAAGUAGAGAUUCUUGAAUUAAUUUUCAAUCAAAUUUUGGCCUUUCUCGAUUUUUUUCGUUCUUUAUUAAGCUUUCUGAAAUGAAAUGAUGGAAUUUUUGAAGGUCGGAACACUGAACGAGAACAUGAAAUGGGCGCUCUAUGGCCAGCGACUCAACGUCUGUAUUUUUGACCUCGAUAUCACUAGGACUUUUUGA